GGUACCAUCUUGGCAGCAUUAUCAGUCCUGGAUACAGACACAACUCCUAUUCCUGUAGAUACCAGCAGGAAGAUGUAUACGGGCACCAUAAAUUCAUCAGAUCUGUGGAUACAAGAAACGUUUCGUGUGGACCAUCUUUUCCACGAGAUCUAUUUCCACCCAAACGGCAGCCAAGUGCGGGGCACACGACACGAAUAUAAGUUGAUACUAAAAAGGACCGUUUCCAUUACGGAAAGCCGUUCCAUCCUGCUGGAUGUCAUUGUUAAUGACACAACGUACCACGGACCGGACAAAUCCUUGACGCUUCACUUCAACGUCUCCAUCCUACCAGUCUCCAUCCAGUUCUCAAACUCGACAUAUCAGUUCACGGUGAACAGGAACGCGGCCAACUUUUCACAAAUAGGAAAACUCUGCAUUGACAACUGUAUGAAGUUUGACGGCGUCAACAUCACAUACAGCUUAGAGAGUCCAAAUGUCAGCUGCUAUGCGGUGGAGAUGGCUCAGAGCCACGGUGACAAGUGCGGAAUUCUAUACGUGAACAAUUCAGCCGUGCUGCAGAGCCCCGAGUGCAGAGAAAUCCACUACCCCGUGCUAGCUAAAGAGGACUGGAGCAGGAAGGAAGCUUACACUCAUCUUACUGUCGUGCUUGAAGGAUCACUUAUACAUAAUGAUAAGAACUGUCCAGAUUCCUGUGCUACGAGCAAAAAGCGAUCGGAGUGUGAAGAAUGUGGAGGUGUUGGAGUACUGAUGGGAAAAUGUCAGUGGAGGCAGGGAAGCGGGAAAGGAAUAACCACCAACUACUCCACCUGUACUCCAAGCAUCAAGACAUGUCCGGACGGCAUUUGCGAUGCUGUAGAAAACAAAGAUAAGAGAGUCUGCCCUCAAGAUUGCACAAAAACCAACAUUAUUGGAGGUCAUCAGAAAGGAAUUAAUGGGACUGGAAUCAAGGCAGGACAUGGCGUUUGUCACUGCUUUCCAGGAAUAAGCUGUUACUGUGCGAAAGAUGAUAUCAGGGAACCUUUUUGUGAUAUCAUGUGCAAAAUGGUGAUUGCGUGUGGUGUCGUGCUCUCCUUCAUCAUCUCGGUUGUCCUCUCUUCCUACUUCAUUCAUCGGUACCACAAGAAUGCGCCAAAAACACCCAUCGCCUCGGCAGAGAUGACCUUCCGGCGGCCGGCUCAGGCCUAUCCCAUCAACUACUCAUCCAAUAAUGUCCGUCGACCAUCGAUGGACUCCGAGAACCAAAUGUCAGUAGAUGCAUUUAAAAUACCUGAAGAUCCUAAGUGGGAAUUUCCUCGGAAGAACCUGGUGCUCGGCAAGACUCUUGGCGAGGGAGAAUUUGGAAAAGUUGUCAAAGCGACAGCUUUCCGACUCAAGGGCAAAGCUGGCUACACCACCGUAGCGGUGAAAAUGUUGAAAGAAAAUGCUUCUUCAAGUGAGCUCCGGGAUUUACAUUCUGAGUUCAACCUUUUAAAACAGGUGAACCAUCCUCACGUCAUCAGGCUGUAUGGUGCUUGUAGCCAGGACGGGCCUUUAUACUUAAUAGUGGAGUAUGCGAAAUAUGGCUCCUUGCGGAGUUUCCUAAGGGAAAGCCGGAAAGUGGGAACCAGCUACAUGGGAAGCGACACAAACAGAAAUUCCAGCUACUUGGAAAAUCCAGAUGAGCGGGCUCUCACUAUGGGCGACCUGAUCUCCUUCGCGUGGCAGAUCUCCCGUGGCAUGCAGUACCUUGCCGAGAUGAAGCUUGUUCAUCGUGAUUUAGCAGCCAGGAAUGUCUUAGUAGCCGAAGGGCGUAAAAUGAAGAUUUCUGACUUUGGUUUGUCUCGCGACGUUUAUGAAGAGGACUCUUAUGUCAAGAGGAGCAAGGGUCGAAUACCUGUAAAAUGGAUGGCCAUAGAGUCCCUCUUUGAUCACAUCUACACGACUCAGAGUGAUGUAUGGUCAUUUGGAGUGCUGUUAUGGGAAAUUGUGACCCUCGGAGGUAAUCCAUAUCCAGGAAUUGCUCCAGAGAGGCUAUUUAACCUCUUAAAAACAGGUUAUAGAAUGGAGAAACCGGAAAACUGCAGUGAGGAGAUGUACAAUUUGAUGCUUCACUGCUGGAAACAGGAACCAGAUAAGAGGCCAACAUUUGCUGAGAUCAGUAAAGAAUUAGAAAAAAUGAUGGUCAAGAGCCGGGACUAUUUAGAUCUGGCCGCUUCCACUCCUUCGGACUCUCUGCUUUACGAUGAUGGACUCUCGGAAGAAGAGAUGCCUCUUGUGGAUUGUAAUAAUGUUCCCCUCCCUCGAACUCUUCCUUCCACAUGGAUUGAAAACAAACUCUAUGGCAUGUCAUACCCGAACUGGCCCGAAGAGAGCCCUGUUCCACUUGCCAGAAGCGACGGGCCUAAGGCUGUGUUUUCAAGAUAUGCAAAUGAUAGUGUUUAUGCUAACUGGAUGGUUUCACCCUCAGCGACCAAAUUUAUGGACAGAGUUUGAUAGUUAACAGUUACUUGGUGGAAGGUAACCAAUGCAGGAAGGAGUCCCCCCUCCCCGUGUCCAAAGAGUUGACUGUCCCCUCAGCUCAUUCUUUGAGUAGCAACAACUGGUUGAAGCAAACAGGAAUUUCAAGGACGGGGAAAGGUUCCCUUUACUUUUGAAAUUUACUUAAAUUUCAAUCUACUUUUUAGUUUCUAAAAUGCGUCCUUCCCGUUUUCCCUCACGGAUGAUGAACAGUGUCGCAGAUUUUGAUCCCAACUCUCUAUAAAGUCCUAAAAAGUGGCAUCCAAAGAGGUUUAAGAUGGCGGUCACGAUGACAUGAUCCAAUGGCUGCCAUUUUGAGUCCCCUUGACCUCUCUGGCAGAUGCCCGUAACUAUUUUAGCUGUUUUUUGUUUUGGCCUCAAAGUGUUCUCCAAGAAUUUCAUUUAGAUUUGAUGCAGCCGGUGGAUUUCUUGCCCCGAAUAACAUCACAUUCCUGGAAACGGCUGUUUUAUGGGGGCGGUGAGCGAAAUCCUGUGGCUUCACUAGCGACUCCUGUUCUCUGUGGUCGUUGCUAAGAAAAAGGCAAAUUAAAGCAAGAAGCACAAAGUGGAAAAGCACUUGGUUUUUUUUUUUUUUUCCAAAAAUGACUGAGCUUAAUUUCACAUUAAGCGUUCGCUCAACGUUCGCUCAAUUGGCAGUAGGAAAUUGGUUUGGAAUCAAGAGGGAUAACGGACCAAAAAAAAAACCAUUUUGGAAACUUGUAGUAAUGUACUGUUCUGUGGUUAUGGGAGAAAUAAGUGUUUUUUCUUUUUUUAAGAAAAAAGAAAAACAAAAAAAAAUCAGGGUUAAAUUGUUCUUACCGUUAGCACAAUAGAAAACUUUGAUAUGUUAGAAACUAGAAUAGAGACUCGAUCUCAGAAUACCCACCCAAUAUAAUUUGUUUUCCAUCACAUUCCUUCUGUAGUUUAUCUUAACGUGGGCUCCAGAUGUUUUGAAACAAAACUGGCACAAAGACAACCAGUUUAGUUUUUGCUCCAUAAUUUUUUACUUCUUUCAUCAAAAAUUUUAUUUCUGCCACUCAUCCGGUACGGAUUCCCUCUUAACCGUGGCGAAUAAACUUCAAAUGCAUCAUUUAUAUCUGCAAGUCUUUUUCCCUUCCCUAGACCAAAUGUCUGCCUUCCACUUUUAAUUCCAUUUAAAACCAUUACAGUUUCUCAGUCUUUAGUUAAAAUUAACAAGGAUUUUUUCAAAUCUCAUUUGUUGGAAGAUCUGAAACUCCAGGGAUAGUUACUCUCAGAGACAAUCUUAACUGUUGGUCGUGAAGAAUUGACACUGACUUAAUGGUUACACCAUCAUUCUCUUCCUAUUCUAUAGUCCAAACCAUGUUAAAGCAGAAAUCUUGGUUACGUUAACCACAGUUACUAAUUAGUAACCACAAACUGUUCAGUUGUGAUGAAGACACAUAGAUGGAGAGGGGAAGGUGGCAUUCCCAGCAACUGUGUGAACCAAAAGUAACAGAAAAUGAGUGUUGAAUCUGCUGUUAGCCCCAACAGAAAUUUUAAUUUAUAUGAUUCCUGUUUUUGUGUGAAAUGUGUGCAUAUGGUACACGCUCCUUGUCUCAUAUUUAAUCUUUACUCUCUUGUGUGUUUGUGUUUUUUCCUCCUCCAUCAGUGUAGAAAAAAAAAUGUCUAAGGUUGUUGUCUUUCCAAAGAGAUGUGAUGUUUUCAAUUUUGGCACAGUCUUUUCGGAAGUGAGCUGACUUUUACAGAGCUUUCUUGCAACGUACAGCAGAAAGUAUUACAUGAUUGUGUAGUUUGUUUGUUUUUUGUUCGUCGUUUCACGAUUUCUAAAGAAUGCUGGAAUGUUAAUCUAACAUUUUUAUCCUUUUGGGAUACGCCUGCAUAUUCAAAAUAUACCAAAGCAUUGCUCAUUCCAUCUCUUAGGUUUCAGCGGAGUAAUUUUGUGCGUCUCCUUUACGUGCUCCAAUUAUUUCAGAUUGAGUCAGAUUGCCAAAAAACACAAUCACACCAGAGGGCUGAACACCUCCUUAGGAUAACUUGGGUUUCAAAAUAAGCUACUUUUCAGAUGAUAAGAACAGGACGACAAUUUCUGUUCUGCAAACUAUUAUAUUAUGCAUUUGUGUUUACAAGGGAAAAAAAAUGUAUCUGUGUACACAGAUGUCCAACAGCUGUCAGUAUCCUGUAACAAGCAGUCAUCUCAAAUAAUAAUAAUAAUAAAAUAUGUAAAUGUUG